AUCCACUCUCUCUUUCUCACUCGAGUCGGGGAUUGACUGCUGGUAUAACGAAGUGGAAAAUCCAAUAGGGCGAGGAGAUACAUCUUCGAGCACGGACCUUGAUGGGAUAGUAUCCACAGCGCUCGAUGUUCUUACUUUCCAUACCUGUCAUUACUUUUCCUUGCUCUCUAUUGGUAUUUCAUCGGCGUGAUAUUGGAUGUUCUUGGUAAAGACGUGAGGUCGAGCAAAAUAGCACAUCUUAAAUGCUCAGUAAACUGGUAUGAAACACCAAAAAUACUUCUGAAAAAUUCUGGAAUCGGGUCCGCCUUUCUCGGUGUAUCCAUCCACGUGAGUACCCGUUGAGUCCCUGGGAGCCAGGGUCUAAUCUAUCCUUGAACUUUACAAAAAGGUUCACACCCGUCUGAGGAUGUGUCGCUUUGAUGGUAAGGUUCGAUGACAGGAGUAGUGAGGAGGAAAAUACAUAAGUGAUUGGAGCCACUUAGCAUCUCAUCGUUCGUCUUCUAACGAUGGAAGUUAGUCGUAUCGAUACCCCCAUCGCACUGAUGAGAUCGGUCAACAGUGAAGUAUCACAGGAAACGGACAGGCUCAGUCUAUAGCCAUGUUGUCUCAAAUGGUUGAGUAUCCACUCUCUGGAACUUGAGGUCGUGGGUUCGAUCCUGCCGAAGUCCAAAGACUCUCCAACCUCCAUCUCAUCCGAUGAGACCUCACCAUGAUAUGGAACUAAACCGGUACUGGUGACAAGCUGACGGAUCGACUCAACAGCGGUAGAUGAUAGAUACCACACCUUCGAAUACUGCCUUAAAUAACUUUUGAAUCUCUAAGAUAUAUCGAAGCGGUUCAUAACCAUGGAUCAUAUCUUACAAAGACAUAUAAGAAACAUUUGUGCUUCAAUGUGGUUAGUCUUACUAACAGUCUCCUUGUCAGCGGCUCGGUUCACCUUGAGACCUAUUUCAGUGCUUUAUGUACCAUAUGAAUUUAACUCAACGACUGGGGAAGGACUCUACGGUCUCGUGAAAGGGCCGUCAGAACAGAGCAGCUAUGAUUAUAAGGCUCAUUUACUAUACAUAGCAGGCGACACCUACGUCCAAAUAGCCAACAUCACCGAUGCGGCCAACCCGGCCAUCAUCCACUCCCGCCCCGUCAGAUCGUCGGUGAAUGAUAUCGAGGUUUGUGGUGACAUCGUCGGCUACCUGGAGAACGGCAUUGCCCACAAAAACGCCCAGGGAACCCUCCAUCUCCUGCACACCUACAACAUGACCAGCAGGAACUGGACUGAAUACUUGGAGAUCCCAGUUGGCAGCGUACCAGAUAUGCUUUACUUCACAAAGGAUUGCCAUACCAUCGUGGUCGUCAACGAGGGCGAAUACGGCGAGACAGAUGUUCCUGGCGAGUUCAUCGAUCCCGAAGCGAUUGUUUCCAUCAUAAAGCUCGAUAGUGAAAGCAGCGAUGGGUAUAGGAUCAACAACCUCAACUUCACAUCCUUCAACGAACGAGCAGCUGAAUACGAAGCCAGAGGAGUCCGAUAUCCAUUCAAAAAUUCUACCUUCUCCCAAAAUCUGGAGCCGGAGUAUGUUGCCAUUAGUUCGGAUGACUCAACGGCAUACAUAGCACUACAAGAAAAUAAUGCCAUCGCAGUGAUCAACAUUGUUGAAGAGAGAAUAAAGGAAAUCUACAGUCUUGGAGCCAAGUCGUGGAAAAACCUUAAUCUGGAUGCUAGUAAUAGAGACGGCGGGAUUGUAUUUCGUAAUUAUGAUAUCUACAGUCUAUAUCAGCCAGAUGCUAUCAGAUACUUUGACGUCGACGGGACUGGAUAUAUAGCAACGGCCAAUGAGGGCGGUAGCGUGGAAUAUCCGACGUGGACUGAAGAAAAACGCGGGAAGUCGCUUGUAGAUGAUGGACUGGUCUGGGGUGAAUCUCCCCUUAUAUCUGCCCUGAAUGAUACAUCAAAGCUAGGUCGGUUGAAAUUUACCCAAUACGAAGGCAUCAAUGCUUCGAGAUUUGGAAAAAUCGAUCAGUUACAUUUCUUCGGUGCCCGGAGUAUAUCGAUCCGGAAGGCUAGUGAUCUGUCAUUGGUUUAUGAUAGUGGUGACGUCAUAGAAGUGGAAUCAUCGCGCGAGUUGACGAACGUUUUCAAUACAGACACAAAACCGCUCUCCGCUACGCCUGAAGGCGCUGCAGAUACCCGCUCCGAUGAUUAUGGUCCAGAAUGUGAAUCCUUAGCAUUCGCUGAAGUGGAUGGCACCAGGUUGCUGUUCGUGGGAAUCGAACGGCUGUCCGCCAUUGCUAUCUUUACAUUUCCUUCCGGGUCAGCGAUACCAGAGUUCGAUAGCUUCUAUCGAGCCGGUGGCACUAACAAAACAUACGAUCAACUCCUAGAAGAUAAAAACGUGGGUGACCUAGAUCCGGAAGAUAUAAAAUUUAUUCAUAACGAGAAGAGCCCUACCGGGAAGGAUUUUCUCAUCGUUACAAAUAACAUUGCAGGAACUAUUGCCUUCUAUGAUGUCAUCAAAAACUCGGCACUCAGAACCGAAGCUGGCUUUUUCAUCGUUUCCAUGGCUUUUGUUGUAUCAAGGACAUCAUCAGUUUUAUCAAUGUCAUAGACUUACCUUCUUAUUCGAUCUUCCAUUAUCGCCGACAAAGCCUAAUCACCUACUCAUUACGCGGUAAGAUCUCCUGGAAUAACCUCGUGUAAACCAACAAUUUUCAUCCAAUACUAGUACAUUCAUGAAUAUGAAGGCCAUUGAUUUAAAAUGGUAAAGUGAAAUGAAUGAUUAUGCACUACUUAUAUCAUUCUGUGUUUUGUUUAUCAAUGUUAUACGCAAUCCUUUAAAUCAUGUAACUUGGGGGCAAGGUUGAAUCGAUCUUAUAAUUACUGUAUUUCAAUAAUUUGUAUACAGCAUGUAAAGCUUCGUACAAUAUUUGUAUCACCUGCAUAGCAGAGCGAGACUAUAGGCGCCACUUUUUGCUAGAUAUCCUGUGCUCAUUUCAGGUCACAUGACCAAAAUCAAAGGUCAUUUCAGGUCAAUGAACUUUGGCCAUGUCGAGGGUAUUUGUUGAAUUGGCAUCAUAACUAAGAAAGUUUCAUGAAACAUAGACAUAAAGGUAAUCAAGUGUGAAUGAUUGUUUACAUCUGUCUUAGGUCACAUGAUCAUGGCCAAAGUUCAUUUUCGGUCAAUGGUGAAAGAUUCAUUGUUUUACCCAUGAUUUUAUCAUGGUGGUAACGAAAGUUGGCAUGUUCCUUGGUGGAAGGGUGAUUUUAUACACCAUAUGAUUUAUGUUAGUUCAUGAUUUAAGAAUGCAUAUUUGUUUGGGUAAUAGAUUCGAUAUUAAAGAAGAAUAUUUUGCAUGCGAGUUUGCAAGGUAUCUUGUAUUGCUUAAGUAUCUCAUUAAAGAACAUUAUUUUUACACGAAUACACAUCGAGAUGGACGGGGAUUUUUUGUAUCCUUUAUGAUAUCUAGCGUGCAUAUGCAAAUGAUCGUGAUACGAUUCUGUCAUGUUAAAACUCUUUGAAGCCUAAAGUACAAUCUAGAAAUCAAUUAAGCUUAACAUGUAUAGAUUAUAAUUUUUUAACAUUUUUUAAGGAUAUAAGUUUAUAAGGUUCACGUGAGAAAUACCCCUUUUAUGCUACUGUCUGUGCUCAUCAUUAUAUCUAUGCAAAUGUCAUUGAAAUUAAUUUACUUUUACAGUAGAAAUCCAUGGUAUUUGGCAGGAGGGAUAAUAUCAUAAUUCAUUUGAUAUUACAACAUGAGAGUAGUAGUUUUUGGGAGUAUGCCCCCCCCCCCCUCCGUUUCAUCAUCUCCCUUAGUUUGUCUUGCCUCCUUAUGUCAACAUUUUAUUUAGAUCGUAUUCUUCCCCCCCCCAUUUUAGCAUUUUAUUUAGACGGUCUUGUCCCCAUGUCAAAAUCUUCUUUAGAUCAUAUUGCCCCCCCCCCGUGUCAACAUCUCCUUAAGAUUGUCUUGCCCUCACCCCAUGUCAGCAUCUUUUUUUUAGAUCGUAUUGCCCUCUCCUGUGUCAAUAUCUUCUUUAGAUCAUAUUGCCCCCGUGUCAACAUCUUCGUUAGACCGUCUUGCCCCCCCCCCCCCAUGUUAAAAUUAAAAGCCCCAUAGACUCUUGGCAACUAAUACACCCAAACGACCAUUGUAGGGUGCUUCGAAUAUAUUCUUAGCCACGUUUUAAAGUUCUACCAACUUGUUCCCCUGCAUUUGCUAUAAGCCAUCAUGGGAAAUAUCAUCAUUAAAAAUAUAUAUAUGUGCAUUAAUAUGUUGCAAACUUAUGCUGACUGACGUCGUGGGUGAAGAUCACCCCCCUGUUGAUCGUAGUACGAAAUUCGAUACAAUAUCAAAUUGCAAUUAAUAGGAAUCCUUUUUGUGUUAUUAUAUUGGUGUAAAUUUCAUGUCUACUAGGUACAAUCUUUGCAAAGAUGUGGUACAAUUUUAUAUGUGAAUUCAUAUGGAUUGCAAAAUAAAAAUAAUUACAGUUGAAUUACAGCUUAUUAAGGUGGCGUUAUGUGUAAAUGUAUUUAUAUCAACAGAUUAUCAUAAUCUCGUAUAUUCACAUAUAUUAAGGAAAACAUAUCUUCGAAUAUUAUCUAAACGGUGUAAUACUUGUAGUUUAGACAUUCUAUGUUAUCUUGUAUAUGUCAAUAAAAAAACAUGAUCUUAGAUAAUUAUGAUCAUCCAAUAUUUCAACAUGUCAAGACCGGCAUUUUUACUAUAUACUUUGAAUAUCGGUAUUAUGAUUGUGAUACAAAGAGUAUGGUUAUACAUGCUAUAUUUCAGUAGGUUUCAUUAAAAUGAUGAUGGAAUCGGUGUUGUGACUACUCGGGCCUCAAAUCUUAAUCUAUCAGAUUGGUGUUUUUUAUCAUUAAAUUUUGACGAACAUUUCGACGUUGUUAUCAUGAUUGUCGCCUGUUUAGAUCUCAUAGCCAUGACUAUUAGGUCGAUCUAAAAUUAGUAGACAAAGAUACCAACAUAUUUUAUAGUAAGUAGUAUGCUCGCAUUAAUUUGUAAGUAAUGAUACAGAAUUGAAAGGUUCUUGGAAUUUUAAGUCUCUAGUUAUGACUGUCUUAUAUAAAAAUAUAUUACAUUGAGUAUAUUCGUAUUAUUCAUAUAACGAAGCUCAUAUUUUCUACCAAAAGAAUAUACAAAUUACGUAGUUAGAGAUCUUAGUUAGGUGUAUAUUGUAUUGUCUUUCAUUUUAGAAUAAUGAAUUUUCUGAUUUUUAUACCUGCUUGAAACAUGAUUGAAAGGAAUACAUAUCAAGAGACAUGGA